UAAGUGUGGCUGCCUGUCUGUCUCGUUGCAGGGGAAGCAGAAGAAGGCGCGGAAGUACGCGGUCAUGAAACGCAUGAUCAGCCUCCGGGACCAGCGCAUCAACGAGAAGGAGCGGGCGAAAGCCCGCGUGAAGAAGAAGGAGGACCCGAGUGCCAUCAAGGAGCGGGAGGUCCCACAGCAUCCCUCUUGCUUGUUCUUCCAAUAUAAUACACAGUUGGGGCCGCCUUAUCACAUCCUGGUUGACACAAACUUCAUCAACUUCUCCAUCAAGGCCAAGCUGGACCUGGUGCAGUCAAUGAUGGAUUGUCUUUAUGCCAAGUGUAUUCCAUGUAUCACAGAUUGUGUAAUGGGUGAAAUUGAGAAGUUAGGACAAAAGUACCGUGUGGCAUUAAGAAUUGCCAAGGACCCUCGGUUUGAACGCUUGCCAUGUAUGCACAAAGGAACCUAUGCAGAUGACUGCUUGGUACAGAGGGUCACUCAGCACAAGUGCUACAUUGUGGCCACAGUGGAUAAAGAGCUCAAGCGGAGAAUACGAAAAAUCCCAGGCGUGCCUAUAAUGUACAUUUCCAGGCACAGAUACAAUAUUGAGAGGAUGCCAGAUGAUUACGGAGCUCCUCGCUUCUAACCUGUCCAGCCAAGCCAUCAAAGUCAGGGCUGUAAGCAAGGAUAAAGGUUCUUCUGAUUCCAAGCCUCCUGCUUUCUUUUUUACUGGGACUCUACUCAUAGGACUGUGGGUGACAUUGGCCUGACUUCAUAUCCUUGAUCUUCUAAGAAAAAGCUACUUGGAAGAGUCUGGUUUUAUUCAUCCUUGUUCUGACUUGGACUGAUUACCUAUGGCUCGGAGAAGCAUAUGGAAAACAGAGCACGGCAGUGCCCAGAACAUGCCUCACAUCCUCUUCACUGGCAUCAAUAGAAAAAGUGAUUUCUACAUUCCAAAUUAAGUAUUACUGUUGCAAGUCUGGCUGAGAAUGCUGUACCUACAGCAGGAAAAUUAUUCUUCUGGAGAAGAGACAUCAAAUCUGCACCCAUUGUCAUGCCUCCUUCUAGUGGUCUAGAAGAUUUUAAUUCAGAAUUGGAGGGAUUUAAUUCAGCUGUACAAUGAAUGAAGUUUGGUUCAGUGUCCUGCUCAGUCA